AUGGCGUCGUCUUCAGCAUCAUCAAAUACCAUUGCUUGGUUUAACGAUAUGAAUAUACAGUUGAAUCGCUAUUUCCCAUUGCCAUUUCUCGUACUCGGUACCAUCGGUGUGAUUUUAAAUAUGAUAAUAUUUACUCGUCGAAGUCUUUUUGUCAAUUCAUGCACACAUUAUCUCUUGGGAAAUACGGUGGCCAACUUACUUGUAUUGUAUUGGGUUGUUAUUACACGAAUUCUUUCCGAUGGUUAUAAAAUUGAUCCGAGUACUGCGUCGGAUACAUUUUGUAAAGUGAGAUACUUUCUUACAUAUGUUCCGCGAACACUUUCAACAUGGUUCAUCUUAUUGGCCUGUGCUGAUAGAUGGGCAUCGAGUAUAAAAGUGCAACGACGCUUUAACAGCGUAUCAUUCGCUCGUAUGGUCAUUUUAAUAACCACCAUCAUAUGCAUCUUGUCAUUUUCUCAUGUGCCGAUUUACUUUGGCGUUCACAAAACUUCUAAUUCAACAUCAUGCUACGCACUACCAGGACCCUAUCGUAUCUUUUCGGAUCUUCAAUACCUUGUCUUUUAUGCAUUGGGCCCACCUCUAAUUAUGUUGGCUUUUGGUUUAGCUACUCUUCGCAAUCUCCGACGAAUUCAUCGUCAAGUAUUACCAAAUAAUGUACAAUCGACGAAGGGUAUUGUACGGCGCGAUAGUCAGUUGUUGGCAAUGCUUCUCAUGCAAGUGGUCUUGAUCAUCGUAUGCACAGUUCCAUUUGCCGGUCAAAAAUUAUACGACACAUUUACGCUAAAUGUGAAAAAAUCCUCCCUACAAAUCGCACAAGACAAUUUAAGCGCAGCAAUUGUACGCAUUUUAGCUUAUGGUUCUCAUGCAUUCGGCUUUUUCAUGUACACUCUAUCGGCACGCAUCUUUCGAAUGGAAUUACUCAAAACAAUGAAUAAUGUCUAUCAACGAUUAAUGGGUCUAAAUCUUAGUACAACAAUGACAGCAAAUGUUGUUAGGACGCAAAUAUACACUGCUGAGACAAUGAACAUUCAUUAA